AUGCCACCCCAGAGCAGAGGAGCAUCGCCUGCUCUAGGUCCACGUCCCUACUCAAACUCGGAUUCUCUCCCGCCCACCCUGCGGCCCUAUCUGGAGAACCUGCCCUCUCCAACUGCUCUGGUCCCUGGCGAUCAACGCACUCCAACAGGUCCUCGCAUGAUCAUACCUGACCGCGAUAUCGCCACGCCAACACCAAGUCCUCAGCAGACGCGAGUUGCAGCCGCAUUUGAGCUCGGUGCCGAAGAUAAGGAAGAGAGCGAAGAUGGAGACAUGGACACUCAUACCCCAGAGGAGAGACUCUCACCAUCGGAAGAGGCUGCGCCUGAACAGGACGGCAAUGACGUCGAUGUCGCAGGUGUGACCUUGGACGACGAUGAUUUUGAGUCACAUUAUUCUCGUCAGGAAUCUUCGGAAUCAGACCAGGAAGGAGACGAAGUUCAGGCGGAAGGAGAAACAGUCUCUCCCGAGGACUACAACGAAGGAGGGCAGCAGGAUCAAAAUGGUACCGCAAGACCGGGAGAGCCCCUUCCGUCGGCUUCGGAGAGGCUAGAAUCGUUGUCUCGUGUGCGUUCAUUGCCUGCUCGCCCAACGCUCUCUCAGACAUCGGGGCACUCCCAACCUCAGCAUCAGAGGGACGGACUUCACACCUCGCAAUCAACGACCGCUCUCCCGCCUCCGCCCCCUCCGCCACUCUAUCCUCCCUUCUACAAUCGGCCACCAACUCCCCUGCCACCAUCUCCUAGCCUAACUUCUCUGCUCCGUCCUCCGUCCUUGCUGAAUCGCUCCACUGCCUCAACUCGUCCAACCACACCUGACAGCUCCGAUGUGGAAACCCCCAACGACACCGAAGCAGCUGUCGCUCAUUCAGCUCGACGCGCACAUCCAGUGCCGCCAACGUCACCCAAAGUCCCUACAUAUGAGUACUACGGCUUCGUUUUGUACUUGGCUUCAACCCUCGCCUUUCUGAUUUACAUCCUCUGGUCUUAUCUCCCGUCUCCUUUCCUUCACGCUCUAGGGAUUACCUAUUAUCCAAAUCGGUGGUGGUCUCUCGCCAUACCCGCCUGGAUCGUCAUGCUACUUAUUUUUAUCUACGUCGCCCUCUUGAGUUAUAAUGUCGAAUAUCUCACUCUUCCGCUGACGAGUCUGGAAUGUAUGGUUGACGGCGCCGCAAAUGUAGCUAUACUCGAUGAGUCGGGACGAGUGAGAAAGGGGGGCAGCAAAAGAUUGGUGAAGGAGCUAGAAGAGCGGGCCAGACUUGAGCGAGAAAUGGAGAGCGCAAGAGCAAAGAGCGGGAAAGGAAGAAAGCACCCCAAGGCUGGAAUCGAAGCAGCUCAUCGGUCAAAAGACAAAGGAAAGCGCAAGUCCUCUCGACCAAGCGCCGAUUAUCCUUCGCAAUCAGACAUCCGGGCAUGGGACUAUGAAAUUUCUCCAUCUUCUCAUGCCGCAGCGUCUUCCCUCCACAGCAGCCGGCCAACGCCAUUCUCAUAUCAGUACCCUUCAACAUAUCCCUUCAUCCCGACAACUACGCAAUUGACUCAAAACCAGCGCGACUACCAGACGCAAGGAGCUUACCCGUCACACCCGAAUUGGAAGCUCAUGUGGAAUGAGGGGACAGAUGCAGUUAUGGAUGUGCCUAUCGGUGGCGUGUGUGAGGUGCUGUAUGGCUGA